AUGGCGGACGAGCCCACGACGCUUGUAAGGAGGCAGACGAACGAGGGACGUCUGCUGCUCGUGUCGAACCGCCUGCCCAUCACGAUCAAGCGCUCAGAUGAGGGCAAGUUCGAGAUGUCCAUGUCCUCUGGUGGACUGGUCAGCGGUCUGAGUGGACUGUCAAAGACGACGACCUUCCAGUGGUACGGGUGGCCUGGUCUUGAGGUUCCAGAUGACGAGGUGUCCACGCUCAAGGACCAGCUUAAGAAGGAGUACAAUGCGGUACCAGUCAUGCUCGACGAUGAGCUCGCAGACCGCCACUAUAACGGUUUCUCAAACGCUAUCAUGUGGCCGCUUUUCCACUAUCACCCUGGAGAGAUCACCUUUGACGAGUCGGCUUGGGACGGGUAUACCGAGGCCAACCGCCUAUUCGCGAAAGCUGUCGCAAAGGAAGUCCAGGAUAACGACAUGGUGUGGGUACACGACUACCACCUCAUGCUCAUGCCUGCUAUGCUGCGCGAGGAGAUCGGCGACACGAAGAAGAACGUGAAGAUCGGCUUCUUCUUGCAUACUCCCUUCCCCAGCUCAGAGAUCUACCGAAUUCUUCCCGUCCGCAACGAGAUUCUACUUGGUGUACUCCAUUGCGACCUGAUCGGCUUCCACACAUAUGACUACGCUCGCCAUUUCCUGAGCAGUUGUUCUCGAAUUUUGGGUCUCGCGACCACACCAAACGGCGUCGAAUUCCAAGGCAAGGUCAUUACGGUCGGCGCGUUUCCAAUCGGUAUCGACCCGGAGAAAUUCGACGAGGGCCUCCAGAAGCCCAAGGUGCAAGAACGCAUUGCGGCGCUCGAGAAGAAGUUCCAGGGCGUCAAGCUGAUCGUUGGUGUCGAUCGGCUGGAUUACAUCAAGGGUGUUCCCCAGAAGUUGCAUGCGCUCGAAGUGUUCCUUACCGAGCACCCUGAAUGGAUUGGAAAGGUUGUGCUCGUCCAGGUCGCUGUUCCUUCCCGACAGGACGUGGAAGAGUACCAGAAUCUCCGAGCGGUUGUCAAUGAGCUCGUCGGACGAAUCAACGGCAAAUUCGGCACCAUUGAAUUUAUGCCGAUUCACUUUAUGCACAAGUCGGUCUCUUUCGACGAGCUGAUCGCCCUUUACUCCGUCUCCGACGUCUGCCUCGUAUCUUCGACUCGCGAUGGCAUGAACCUAGUAUCCUAUGAGUACAUCGCCACGCAGGAGAAGCGACAUGGCGUCAUGAUUCUAUCCGAGUUCACUGGCGCGGCGCAGAGCUUGAACGGUAGUUUGAUCGUAAAUCCUUGGAACACAGAGGAACUCGCGGACGCCAUCCACGACGCAGUCACUAUGGGAGACGAGCAGCGAACUCUCAACUACCAGAAGCUGUCCAAAUACGUCAGAAAGUACACCAGUGCAUGGUGGGGCGAGUCUUUUGUCAAUGAGCUGAGAAGAAUGUCCGAAUCUUCGGAUAGGAAAGUCAAGUUCGACAAGAUUAGCAAGUCAACGACCGAGGGCGGCGCCAAUUCUUCCGCAGUAGAAGACCAAGCUGACGGCCAGCCUGCCAAAGAGCAAGAUUCUGUCCCGAGCAAAGACACGGAGUCCGGCCCUGCGGCUGCGCUCGAGUCGCAGCAGGAGAGUACUAAUGCUACCGAGCAGAGUCUACCUAUCCAGACCAAAGAGUCUACCUCAUAG